AUGAUCUCCUCCUCUUCCACCCAACACCGCCCUUCGUUUAGCCUUGCCUCCAUUAUCCGAUCAUCACUCCCCUCUCUCUUCCUCUUCCUACUCCUCCUCUACCUCCUCUACUCUUACGAAAUUCUCAUUUAUCCUCCUCACUUAACCACCAAGAUCAACUGCCAAGAUUCCGAUCUCCACCCCAACGCCACCAAAGCUAGCCUGUUUAAUCUCACAGAACCCAAACAACCCAAAAUCGGGUACGACACCGAGCUCAAACAUAUCGCAUUUUGCAUUGCAGCCUCCUCAAAUCUAUGGGAAUCAAGGAAAGAAUACAUCAAGCUAUGGUGGAAGCCUGGGGAGACCAGAGGAGGUGUUUGGCUCGACAUGGACGUGAAAAUCAAACCUAACGAAAGUCUACCCGACAUCUACAUCUCAGGAGACACUUCAAGAUUCCCAUACACGAACAAACAGGGACAUAGGUCAGCCAUUCGCAUAUCAAGGAUAGUUUCAGAAGCAUUAAGACUCGGGUUGGAGGACAUUAGAUGGUUUGUCAUGGGAGACGAUGACACGGUUUUUGUUAAGGAGAAUGUUGUGAGGGUUUUGUCUAAAUACAAUCACAACCAGUUUUAUUAUAUCGGAAGCUCGUCGGAAAGUCAUUUACAGAACAUCUAUUUCUCAUAUUUAAUGGCUUAUGGUGGUGGUGGGUUCGCCAUCAGUUACCCUUUGGCUAAGGAGUUGGAGAAGAUGCAAGAUCGGUGUAUUAAGAGAUACCCUGGUUUGUAUGGAAGCGACGACAGGAUGCAAGCUUGCAUGGCUGAGCUUAACGUCCCUCUCACCAGAGAACCAGGCUUCCAUCAGAACGAUAUCUAUGGAAGCCUAUUGGGUAUACUCUCCGGCCAUCCAGUGACGCCGUUGGUCUCACUCCACCACUUUGAUGUAAUCGAACCGGUGUUCCCAGGCAUGGAAAGAGUGGAAUCGAUCAAACACUUACUAGAUUCUGCGAAAUACGAUUCCGCGAGUCUUGCACAGCAGUCAAUUUGUUAUGAUCGGAGAAGAGAAUGGUCGAUUCUGGUGUCAUGGGGUUUCGCUGUUCAGAUCAUGAGGGGAAUUCUGUCUCCACGAGAGCUAGAGAUUCCUAGUCGUACGUUUAUCAACUGGUACAAAGUGCUUGAUUUUACAUCCUACUCAUUCAACACUCGUCCAAUCACCGGGAACCGAUGCCAGACGCCAUUCGUGUUCUACAUAAACUCCACACGAUACGAUAAAGCCAGGAAGCAGAUCAUCGGAAUAUACACUCGUCACCGGGAACGCCACCCUCGAUGCAGAUGGAAGAUGGAGUCUCCUGAAACCAUCCACACUGUGGUCGUCUUGAAGCAGGAAGAUCCCGAUCGUUGGCAAAGGGCGCCAAGGAAGGAUUGUUGUAGAGUUUUGCGUUCUAGGAAGGAAGGAGUCAUGUACUUGUGGGUUGGUCAUUGCGGAGAGAAUGAGGUUAUUGAGGUGUAG